AUGCUGGAAUUCAUCUCUCUCACCUUCAUCUCGUCACUCCUAAUCUCCAUCUUCAUCUUCUUCUUCUUCUUCAAAUCACAUCCAGCAACCAAAAACCCAUGCCCAGAAUCCCACCCUGUAAUCGGAAACGUCCUCAGUUUACUCCGGAACCUCCACCGGUUCCAUGACUGGAUCACGGACAUGAUACGCCACACACCAUCCUCGUCCAUUCAAGUCAACUCCUUCCUCAACAUCUCCAAUGGCGUAUGCACUGCAAACCCGGACAACAUCCAGCACAUGCUCGCCUCCCCAAACUUCUCCAACUACAUCAAGGGCUCUCGCUUCAGCGACAUCCUCGACGAGCUCCUCGGCGACGGCAUCUUCAACGCCGACGGCCAGAUCUGGACCCUCCAGCGCAAGAUUGCCAGUCACGAGUUCUCCACCAACUCUCUCAGGCUAUUCGUCUCGGAAGUCGUGGAUUCUGAAAUCUCCGACAACUUGCUCCCUUUCCUGUCCCGAGCAGAGGAGGAAAACAGGGUACUCGAUCUCCAAUCAGCGUUGAAUAAAUUCGGGUUUAGGAGCAUUUGCAGGGUUGGGUUCGGUGUGGAUCCAGAAUCUUUCACCCGGAAUCUCGACUUCAUGGACGCCUUCGACUACGCCGUGGAGAAUUGCUUCCGGAGGAUCACCUCCCCUGCUCCUCUGUUCUGGAAGCUCAAGAGAUUUCUUAAUCUAGGGUCGGAGAAGCGAUUCCGUGAGUCCGUCAACACGAUCAACAAUUUCGCUCUGAGAGUAAUUGCAUCGAAAGAAGAAAGCGACAACCGGAACCAUCAGGACUUGCUAGCGAGAUUCAUGGUUUGGAGCUCGACCAUGGAGUUCGAGGACGAAAAACAGAGGCACAAGUUUCUCAGAGACAUAGUGAUAAGCUUUGUAUUGGCCGGGAAGGACAGCACUUCAACUGCUCUCACUUGGUUCUUCUGGCUCGUCGCCGGGAACCCACGUGUCGCAAACUUGAUCCACCGCGAACUGUCGUCUUUGGAGCUUGGACAGAGCAGAAGAAGAUUCGGGUACGAGGAGUUGAAGGGGCUAGAUUACCUGCACGCGGCUCUAUCCGAGUCGAUGCGGCUGUUCCCGCCGGUGCCGCUGAAUUCGAGAUUAGCGGUGGAGGAUGCGGUGUGGCCGGAUGGAACCCAGGUGAGGAAAGGGUGGUUUGCCGACUACUCUGCUUACGCGGUUGGAAGGAUGGAGAAAGUGUGGGGGGCGGAUGUCCUGGAGUUUAAGCCGGAGAGAUGGUUGGAUGGCGAGGGACGAUGCAAGCCGGUGGAUCCGUUCAGAUACCCUGUGUUCCACUGUGGCCCCCGAAUGUGUUUGGGGAAGGAGAUGGCUUAUAUACAGAUGAAGGCGAUUGUGUCGGCGGUGAUGAUGGACUUCAAAGUGUUGCCCGUCGACGGAGGUGCGAGUCCAGAGAGGAUGAUGAACCCACCUUACGUGUUGUCGCUGCUUCUCAGGAUGAGAGGUGGGUUGCCCGUCGUGAUCAAGAGAAGGAGGACGAGGAACGGUAUUGGUAUGUAG